AUGAGCGGCAACAUUGCUGUUACCGGCGUUCCCACCACCCCCGACGUAGAUGGAGCUGUGCCUCUCCGCCGGGAGUUGCGGGAGCUUCAGCGCAAUUUCCCCGAACAAUACAAUCUCUUCAUCUUGGGUCUCAAAAACCUCCAGAGGCAGGAUCAAAAUAUCUUGACCUCGUACUACCAGAUCGCCGGGAUCCAUGGCAUGCCGUACAAGCCUUGGAACGGAGUGGGUAGUAACACCAACUGGCGGAGCACCAGCGGCUUCGGGGGUUAUUGCACGCACUCGUCCAUCUUGUUCUUGACCUGGCAUCGGCCAUACCUCGCACUCUAUGAGCAAUCACUGUACAACGCCGUCCAGGAGGUUGCAAAGAGGUUCCCCCGAGGAGCCCUGCGUGACAAGUACCUCGAGGCAGCCAAGACCUUCCGCGCCCCCUAUUUCGACUGGGCAAUCCAGCCCCCGCGGGGGACCCCGGCCUUUCCGAGUGCGCUCACAUCACCCAAGGUCCAAGUGGUUGACGUUGACGGCAAGACGAAAUUCGUCAGCAAUCCUUUGUACCGGUUUGUCUUCAACCCGGUGAAUCCAUCGCCGGGGGACUUCUCGCGGCGGUGGAGCCGGUACAGAACGACGGUCCGAUAUCCUCAUAAGGUGACAGGCCGGUCACGGGAUUCCCGCGUCUCGCCCAUCCUAGCCAACGAACUGGCCUCGCUCCGUAGCAACGUCAGCACGUUGCUGCUGUCGUACACCGACUUUGACUCCUUCAGCUUCAACGGAUGGGACCCAUACACCAAGCCGAGCCAGUUCGGCAGCUUGGAGGAUGUCCACAACGAAAUCCACGACCGAACAGGCGGGAAUGGCCAUAUGUCGUCUCUUGAGGUCUCGGCGUUCGAUCCGUUCUUCUGGUUGCACCACUUCAACAUCGACCGCCUCUGGGCUAUCUGGCAGGAACUGAACCCCGACAGCUACAUGUCCCUGCAUCCUGCGCCAUAUGCCACAUUCAACGCUGCCGAUGGCGAGUCCCAAACCAGAGACACGCCACUCAAGCCCUUCUGGGACAAGUCCGGCUCCAAGUUCUGGACAUCCAGCCAGGUCAAAGACACGCACACUUUCGGGUACGCCUACCCCGAGACGCAGAAAUGGCGCUUUCCGGACCAAAAGUCGCACCAAACCGAGAUCCGCCGCACGGUCGUCAACCUGUACGGCACCAACGUGUUCGCCGACUUCCUCGCCAACGUCGCGCAGCGCAAGGAGGAGCACGCUCUCGCAGCGGCGGCGGGCGCCCCCGCACCACCCCCAACCAUCCCCCCUUCCCUGCAACACCUCGCCCCGGCCAACACCUACACCGAAUGGGUCGUCAACAUCCGCGCCCAGAAGCACGGCCUCGGCGCCCCCUUCCGCAUCCUCGUCUUCCUGGGCGCCUUCGACGAGAGCGACCCGUCCAGCUGGGACAGCGCGUUCAACUGCGUCGGGAGGGUGUCUGUGCUGGGGCGGGCUGGGGGGCGGAGUGGGAAUGGAGGGCAAGGGACGCGGUGUGCAAGGUGUAGGACGCAUGCGGUGGGGGGGUUGAUGGUUUCGGGGACGGUGCCGUUGACGUCGGCGGUUUUGCAGGAUAUUGUUGGGGGUGGGGCGGUGGAUGUGGUGCCGUAUCUGAGGGAGAAGUUGGCGUGGCGGGUGACGCUGUUUGAUGGGGAGGAGAGGAGCGCGGCCGAGGUGCCCGGGUUGAAAGUCAGUGUUGCGUCGACACAGGUGACGAUUGGGGAGGAUGGGUUGCCGAAUUAUAGCGGCGAGUAUCGAGUCUGGCCGGAGAUUACGCAGGGGAAGCCGGGUGGGUUGGGCGUGGGCGAGCACAUUUAG